UAAUGCUUUAUCGAUGGCUAAAAGCGUUCGCGAUCAACUUAGAGAAUUAAUGGCAAAACAUGAUCUUCCAUUGAUUUCAUGUCGGCUAAAAAAUUAUCAAGUCAAAGAUGAUGGUGAUAGACACAAGAAAAAACGAAGAAAUUCUUACCAAGAUAUUAAGUAUAAUGCUGAGAAAAUACUUGAAUCAUUUUCUACUUCAUAUUAUAUAAAUUUAGCAAAAAGGCAUCCUCACCGUCCGGUAUUUUAUCACUACGCAUCAGCCACCGGUCCUGGUAGUGAGAGUAUAGAUUCAAAUUCGUCACUGUUGGCGUUACAUAUUUCUCCUACAUCCGCGUUACAUCCUGAUAAUAAAGUAGUUAGGGUUGAUGAUUUAGAUUGGGUAACUUAUCUUAGUGUUUUAUACACGAAUAAGGCUUUGAUGAAGGUUGUUAGCAAGGUUAAAUUAGAAUGGGUACAAGAAAGAUUAAGUUUAUUCAAAAAAUUAGCAACAGCAAAUUUGGAUGGGUCUUAUGGCAGUAAUAAAAGUGGAAGCAAUAUUCUUGAUAAUAUGAACGAGGACAGUGAUAAAGUGAAUUCAAUGAUAGCUGAUGCGCAGAAAGUGAAGGAUCAAGAUGAUGAGAAAAAAAGAAAAAGAUUAGAGGCCAUUGAAGCUGCAAGACAAAGAGCAUUAGCUAGAAAAUCCGUUACCAAUGAAGAUUAA